GUCUAGCGAAAGCGCUGCGCUUAAUACCAUAUCGCGUCGAAUCUGUGCAAAAAUCCACCAAUUUUAAACUAGCAACAUCACCAAUUUGGAAUUUUUGUGAUUCGGGUCGCAAACCGCCAAAAUGUCUCGCUGGUCGAUGAUUGCGCUGGUUUGUUGACCGUCGAUGAGAUGCAGAAUGUCUUGGAGAGGUGCACUUGUGUUUCUCAUAUUGUCUCUGACUCAGUGUAGUGGUUGUCCGGUUUUCUGUUCGUGCAAGUGGAAGAGCGGUAAGCAGACAGUCGAGUGCAUCAAUAAGGACCUCCUUGUCAUCCCCGAAGGUAUGGAUUCCAGUACUCAAGUGCUGCAGUUUUGCGGGAACAAUUUGCAAACACUGCAGCGCGACAAGUUCCUCAAAAUGGACUUAAUUAACUUACAACGGAUAUAUUUGUGCCGUUGCCGCAUUACAAGCAUCGACGAUCGGACGUUCCGCGGGUUAACAAACCUCGUCGAAUUGGAUUUGUCCGGCAACUUGCUCGAGACGGUUCCCAGUGAAACGUUCCUCGACUGCCCUUCGCUAAUGAGGCUCUCACUUAAUGCUAAUCCUAUAAAGACCCUCCGACGGGCGGCAUUCAACCAUCUGUCUUUCCUAAACACCAUCGAGCUCAGCAAUUGCGAGAUAUCAAACGUGGAGCAGGGGGCCUUCCAGGGGCUGUACAGUCUCGAGUGGCUGCACCUCAACGGAAACAAGAUGACGACGCUGCAAGGAGCGACCUAUCUGCCGAAAUCUUUGAAAGGGGUGCAACUCCAGGAAAAUCCAUGGGAGUGCGACUGCCACAUACUUGAACUUCACGCUUGGCUGAGGGCUUUCACCAUGCCACAUUCCGUCGAGCCGCUCUGUAAUGGACCAACUCGACUCCGGAGUCGCACAAUUAAAUCGGUGCCGGUGGGAGAACUCGCUUGUUUACCUGAAGUUUCACCCACGAUGUUCUAUCUCGAAAUCGGGGAAGGCAAAAAUGUCACGCUUUUAUGCCAAGUUAACGCAAUCCCCGAAGCGAGAAUUUCCUGGACGUUCCAAGGACAAUUGCUACAGAACGACUCCAUGAUUGCACCAGGUGUUCAUCUCUUGUAUUUCAUCGAGGAGGGAGCCGUCGAAAAACGCAGCGAACUCUUCAUUUACAAUUCUAACAGUGACGACAACGGAACCUUCAUAUGCAACGCCGAAAAUGCAGCCGGACUUGUCCAAGCAAAUUUCACGAUUCGAGUAAUCGUCAAACACGACACUCCACCAGUCACAAACGAACUCCCCUUCGAGUUCAUCCUAAUCACGCUCUCAGCAGCGGCUGUCUCAAUCCUCCUCUUGUUAGUCGUAAUACUCCUAUCUAUAAUAAAAUGCCACCGAAACGCCCGAUUGAAAAAGAAACGAAACAACUCGAAAGCCGCUCUCAGUAACACAACCAAGGACAAUCUUCUCCAAGAAAGCGUCGACGACUACUCGGAGAAACCCCCAACUCAGGAGGAAGAAACCAUGCUUUACAACACCCCUCCUGAAGACCUCCCCGUGUCUUCAAUCCCCCCGACACUCACGCCGUACCAGCUAGAGCAAAACCCCGACCUCAUCAACGGCACUGAAAGUGUGGGGCGGUUCACCCCCUUGAAAAAACGCGACCUGUACGUCUACGCCCCCGACGUUCACCUCAACCCCGUGGGGUUGCUCAACUCGGGCUCGAACUGCUACAAAACGCUCCCCUACAACAGGAACAAGCGCUCCAAUGCUGCCAAUCCAGCUGGGAGGUUCUCCCGCGAAGCUGAGUUCCUCCAACGGACGAUGCAUCCGUCGUAUGAGCACUACAGUGACGUGAGGUACACUGCAGACGGGUAUCCGGUGAGGACCAACGAGGGGGCUGUGGAGCCCUGCUGCUCCACAACGACUACGGUUAGUUGGCCGUCGUGUGUCCCCGCGAGUUUUGUUGCGAAAGACUGUGUGAAGAGUGUGGGUGCUCAGACUGAGGACACAAACACCAAAUGUGAGCCGAUUAAAGAGACGUUCACGGAGAGUCUGGAUGAGGGAUACGAAGGGGAAGGGGCGGAGGGUAAUGUGGAGAAUCAUUGACUUGCACAUUGUGAUAACUCGGAGAUAUUUUUUUAAUGUUUGAUAGGGCUUUGGUUGAGUAGAUGGGCUGCCAUCUUUCGAGGGCAAAAGUUAAAUAAAUCUGAAAUACUGGCUAAUUAAAUUACAAAUUUUCACUGCAUUUAGAAUUUUAAUGGCUUUACGAGGUUUACAGGCUUUAAUUUACUAUAGUGUGGCCAUUAAAACUUCUCAUACGUUCCACUUACCAAAUUUGGUCAACGAAAAUUAACACAAGAUUUAAUCUACAUAAAGGAAUUACUUUUCAACUAACUCAUACAUAUAAUAUAAAGUAAUACACUCCUAAACUUACUUUUUAAAAGUUUGCUUUUAAAUUAAGACCAAGUGAAAUGUAGACAAAUAAUUUAUAAAUUAUUUGAUACUUAUUUUGGAAGAAUUUGUGGUAGAAAAUAUUUAAGUCACAACAAAUUUUUACUUUUUGUCUUUCACGCAUGUCAAUAUGUUCGAAUUUUAGGAGACCACAUUUGUAUUUUAAGGUGGAUAUUUAAAUUGAAAGUUAAUUGUGUCAAACAAGACAGAUAAUUUUUUAUAAAAUGAUACUUGAAACCUGUGUUUACACAAAAGGCACAAAGUGAUGUCAGAAACAAACUUCUUUUAAAAUUUGGAUUCUACAUGAAGGAGUCAAGAGACGCCACCUCCUUUGCUUUUGUUUCUAAAAAAGCUAAUGGUAACAAAACACCCGAAAACUACAAAAAAAGUUGUUUUAGAACUUUAUGUGCGAUUUUCUCUAAAGCUUUCCAAUGAAAAUUAAAGCGGAUUAAAGCCGAUGUGCUGGUCUGCAAAAAUAACUUUUUUUCUCCUUUUAUUACGAGUGUUAUGAGUGAUUAUUGUAAAUACAAUGCUUUUAAAUCAUCAUAUGGUAACAAAAAUUACCUACGUAUCACAUACACUUUUGGAGUAAGAAUACAGCUAUAACUGUAGAUUUAAUGAUUGCGACAAUAAUUUACAAGUGUUAUAAUUCGUUCCAAAACACUAAAAAUCAUUUAAAAAAUCCACCUGAAAAAAAAAUGCAUAUUAACGGUAUUUUCUUUAUAUUCUUGACUUUUCUUAUUUUCUUUUUCACCCCAACAGAAAUCUGAUGUCAUUAGUUCUAAAAGAUGUUCUGUCUAUUCGCCAUUGUAUCAUUUCUAAUUUACGUGUAAUAAUUUCUUGAUAAUAUCUUUCUUGAUAUUUCUCGACUCGGUAAAGAAAACUAAAUAAGAGUCAAAAAAUAAAAUUUGGAAAGGACAUGUAACAUAUAUUUAUAAGAAGAAAAAUGUUCUUAAAUGAUGUCCUAAGCUUUUUUGUCUUCCACUAAUUGAAAUCGUUUUUAUACCGAGUGUUCAAAAACCGGCGCACAAACUCAAUUGUAUGUGGUAGAGAAAUGCCUACAUAUAAAGGUAAAAUUAAUCUUUAUUUUACAGGUCCAGUUUUUUAGGUACAUUAUACCAUUGUUUUCGGUGAGAGAAAUCAAAUUUCUUUCACAAGAGAAAUCAAGCUUGUCAGUUCUACUCACAAAUGAGUAAAUUUGGGGAAACUUGGGGAAAACGAUGAGACUGUUUUUUUCAUAAUUGUUGCAACACAGGCCUCUACGAAAACUGAUACAAAAAAAUGUUACAGGCGGAUAUUUACCUGAAUUUCUCUUAGAUUUUUUUACAAUGCACCUGUAAGAUAAAACGUCGUAUAUCACACGUGAUCGAAAUGCCAUUAUAAAAUUCUCACUCGCAUAUAGUGAUGCAUUUCUAUCACUUAUAAUAUAGUAUACUAUUGUAUUAAAGUUAUUGAUAAAUAACGAAUUUUAAAUAAAUGUUAUGUGGCAACGUUGUCUAACAAUUGUGGUCGCAACAGAAUUUGAUCCGCAAUAAAAAUAAAUUGUUUUUGAAAAAGUUUUUUUGGAAAUAAUUCCCGGUGUUGGCAUACGACAAAUUGUGAUUUUUUUGUUAAAUUGUAAGUUUUUAUAAUUCAAGAAAACUACUAAGACUGGUAGUAAAUUUAAAAAUGAUUAUUCAUUUUUUUUAUUAAAAAAUAAUGAAAACUGAAGAAGUUAACAAAAUAAGUUUGUAGCUACAGAUUUUUUAAAAUAUGAUUUUAGGAUUUUUUCAAGAUUUUUCCAAUAAUCUAUACGUGCUUCUCAAAAACGUACCACUGAGUUAGUGCGCCGGUUUUUGAGACCCUGUAUGUACAGUCACGUUCAAAAAAUUUACACCUAUACCAACAGGGCCGGAUAGCAAAAGCCCCACUAAAAUCUUUUGGGUUAUAAAUUUCAACAAACAGGUUUGUUUACAAACUGGCCAUCUAGUUGACACAAUAUUUAGCUAAUUUAUAAACUAGUCAAAUGUCCACAUUAACAGUAUCAUAUCGAAAUGAUUUGUGGCUGCGGUCAAUAUUUUUUAUCGUGACUGUACGUUCAGAUACGAUUCAAAUGGAUUAAAGUAGCGUAAAUGCAAUAACGAAUCACAAGAAAAAUAAUUUAGAGAAAUUAAAAAAACAUAAGAAAGGAUAUGCAGUUUUUACUUGCUUUCUUUUUAAAACUUACGGUAGAAUAAUGCUAUUAAUAGUGUUACUUAUGUGUGUUAUGUAAUGUCCAGCAAAAUAAAAACCUCAGUGUAUACGUGGUUGCAACAAACUAUUGUAAGAUAAAAAUUUUACACGUUUAAACUUUCAUAUUCAUACUAAUUUUAUUUAAUGUAGGAUUUCGUUGCAGACUAGUGCAAUUAGUUCCCUUUUUUGUAUGUAGGAGGAUUUUAGUGUUGGACAGUAGAUACUGAAGUUUAAAGUAAAUUUGUUAUUAGUAGUUUGUUUUUUAAAAGUGAAUUAAAAAAGAGUUAUAAAGUAAAUUUUUAUUGAGACAAUAAUACAGUUUGACGCUUAUGUUUAAUAAAAACACCAAUAACAAAAUAGCAAGUAUAUGUAAAAAAUAUUUAAAAGCAUGUAAAUUGUCAAUCAAAUGAAAUGAGGUAUUCACAGCACAAACGACUUUUUUAUUCUACAUUUUUAGCAUAUUUUUUAAUAAAAAAGAUAUACAAUAACAAUGGUCACAAGCGUUGACUUAACCGAGGUCCGAGGUCCGAAGUGGUUUUAGUUAUUUUAUUAAAAUAAAUUAACAAUUUAAGUAUUAAAAGCACGCAAGUACUCAAAAAUUUGUGUUCUAAAAAACUGGCUUUCAAAAACCGAAAAACAGCUUGUAACACUUAUAAAUGUAUGAAACAUUUAUUUGUUUUGGGUCCGAACUGGAGUGUAUAACCCUAGGUGUAUCCAUUUUUUGCGUCCAGACGCCGCCAUAUGAACACAUGUCCUUGCCUUCAUAUAUUUUUUGCUGGGGAAUUCAUAUUUUAUUGCAUUCUUAUUGAAUUCUUUUCCUCCGACAACCGUAAGUGUAAAAACUAUAAAAGAUAGGAACCCUGUGCUUUUUUCUUUCUGAUUUAUUUGAUAUCCUAGACGUCUGUCUCAAGUGUGAAAAUGAGGUCGUUUUCAGUGAAUCCAUCACAGAUGAUAACAUUGGUUUUAUGCUUGGUACAAGUCAUUGACUAUUCUAACUUCAUUGAAAGAUUACCUGAUAAUGGUAUAAUCAAAUUCGUAUCUGUCAUUAGUGCCGGAAUCCAUUAAUAUGCAACUAAUGCAAUAUUAAUUGAAGAGGAUGUAUGAAAAUGGAUCGCAGUUAAUUUGUCUUUGCGGUAUUUCAGCAACUACGAGGAAUGCACCGAAAUUGAUGGCAGCCCCGUGGUAUAGUACAAAAUUUGGAAGUUCCUUUCGUUUGUAGAAUUUUCUAUCAAGACUAGUACUCAUAAUCACACCCCUUGUAGAGUCCUUAAAGUAUGAUAGGAUAAUCCUACGUAAAUAAUGCCGAAAAGUAGAGUAAUUUAAGAACCAAUGUAAUUUUAAGUGUUGUGUUACUUUUGUACAUACUGUACGUAACGUAAAAUAAAUUUGUUGUUUUAAUA